AUGAUUAACCUCCCAACUAGCAGCAGGAUGGGUUACAGCAUUCCUCGCAUUCCUGGAGCACAAAUAAAAGAAAGAAAGCUCGAGCAGUACUGGCGACGUGUCUUCACUGUAAGUUCCAUAUUCUCGACAGUCGCGGGAUGUCUCCUUAUCGGUGCCUCGAUAACCCUCUACACGGAUGGUAAAUAUGAGCAGUAUUUUAACUCCACCCAACACCCCCUGGUGUACCUCCUAUUCUUCGUGUCCUGCUUCGGAGCUCUGGCUGGUUUCCUUGCUGUUUGCAUUAUCACAAUCCACAGCUACAAGCUACUCUACGCAAUGAACAUCAUGUUGGCUCUAGUGACAACAGCCAAGAUAGCAGGAGUGUGUUUCGCGCUGGUAUACAGAGUUAAAACACUGCACGGAGUCACCACCCAACUAGAGGAACACAUGGCAAACUACUCUAACAACAUGCAGGUGCAGUGGGACCUGGACACUCUCCAGUCACGUGACCAAUGCUGUGGGGUGACCACGCCCCUCGACUGGGCUAACAACACCCUGGUUCAAGGCUCCUGGAACACCUCUCAUCUGCCGGACUCCUGCUGCAGGGUGGUUGUACCAGAGUGUGGGGUUAACAAGGCUAAUGUAGCAGUGCUGGAGGGUUUAACCCUGGCGGUACACAAGCAGGGUUGUUAUCAGGUGCUGAGACAGUGGUUUGAUUUCAGGAUGAAGGUGAUUGGGGUGAUAGCGGGGGUCACUUCGUUAGGGGAGGCAGUGAUGGUUGCUAUAUCUACUAGGUGGAUACGGUUCAUAGAACUUUACUGGUGA